UUGUGGGAGAAGCGAUAGGGGCCCGCCUGCAGCCAUGGAGAGCAGCAAGGAUGCGCCAGGGAAAGCCAGCCGGUGGUUUGGAGUUGCGAUGCCCAAAUCAGUGAAGACCAACGUCAACAUCCUCCAUCAGGAGAAGCUGAUUGCUCAGAAGAAGCGGGAGAUCGAAGCCAAGAUGGAGCGGCAAGCCAAACAGAACCACUUACCAGCACAGCAGGCUUCGCAGGGGAGCGAUGACGAUAGCGGUGAUGGCGAAAGUGGUGUUUCCAACAAAUUUGCUAAUGAUGGCAGCUUCCUCCAGCAGUUCCUGAAGCUACAGAAGGAAAAACAAGGUGCUUCUUCCAGUUCCACAGAAACAUCCCAUCCUCCCCCUGCAAGUACAGUGAAGAAACCCACCUUGACUGGCAAGCGUCCCAAUCUUAGCGUGAGCAGCAUGUUGAAUCAAGUCAAAAACUACACGCAUUCCAAGCAGACACCGGUAACGAACCGCCUGAGCGUUUUCCAGUCGCCAGACGACGAGGAAGAAGAGGAUUAUGAGCAAUGGCUGGAAAUCAAAAUUUGCCCCCCAGAGGACAUCCGGACCCGCCGAAUCGUUGAGAAGCUGGCCAAGGUGGUGGCCGAAGGGGGCCCAGAAAUGGAGAAGGUCGCCCUGGAAGACUGCAAGGAUAACCCAGUAUUUGCGUUCCUACACGAUAAGAACAGCCCAGAAUUUCUCUACUACAGAAAGAAACUGGCUGAGAUGUGGAAGAAAGGCCAAGUUCACGUAGAGGAGAAGACCUCCCCUUCUCAGAAAGUUUCACCCCCAGAGGAUGAAGAGACCAAGGACUGUGCUGAGAAGCUGGCUCGGUUUGUGGCCGACGGCGGCCCUGUGGUGGAAAUGGUUGCCCUGAAAAACCACCGAGACAAUCAGUCAUUCAGAUUUUUGUACGAGCCCAAUAGCUCUGGAUACAAGUAUUACCGACAGAAGCUGGAGGAAUUCCGGAAAGCAAACAGUAACAUGGAGGGCGUGCCACCGGGAUCGGAAGCCAACCUGAAGCGCAAGGCCUCUUCUGAGGGAGGGGCUUCCUCUUCCAUUUCUUCUUCCUCCUCCUCUUCCUCCUCCUCCUCCUCCUUCUCCUGCUCUUCCUCCUCCUCCUCCUCCUCAACACCUGCACCCACAGUUUCUCUGCCGAAGCAGGUAGCCACAUCCAGCGUGAAGAAAAAGCGGAAAAGCCGGUGGGGCCCAGAGGAGGAGAAGGUGGACUUACCUCCUCCAGAGCUUGCUCAGCAGACACAGGAGCUGUCGCCAACACCGUUGUCUGUCCAGGACCUCAAAGGACUUGGCUACGAGAAGGGGAAGCCAGUUGGAUUGGUGGGUGUGACAGAGCUGUCAGAUGCGCAGAAGAAGCAGCUGAAGGAGCAGCAAGAGAUGCAGCAAAUGUAUGACAUGAUCAUGAAGCACAAACAGGCCAUGCAGGAGAUGCAGAUCAUGUGGGAGAGGACGAUCAAAGAGCACCAGUCCGGCUACGACAGCGAUGAGGAAAUUGACAAUGAGCUGGGCACGUGGGAGCACCAGCUGAGGCGCAUGGAGAUGGACAAGACGCGUGAAUGGGCGGAGCAGCUGACUCAAAUGGGCCGAGGAAAACAUUUCAUUGGCGAUUUUCUGCCACCUGAUGAGCUUGACAAGUUUAUGGAAACCUUCAAAGCUCUGAAGGAAGGCCGUGAGCCUGAUUACUCUGAAUACAAAGAAUUUAAACUGACUGUGGAAAACAUAGGUUACCAGAUGCUGAUGAAAAUGGGCUGGAAGGAAGGUGAUGGUCUGGGAUCUGAUGGUCAAGGUAUCAAAGCUCCUGUUAACAAGGGGGUGACAGCUGUGGAUGGAGCCGGGUUUGGAAUCGACCGUCCUGCUGAUUUGAGCAAGGAUGAUGAUGAGUAUGAGGCCUUUCGGAAGAGGAUGAUGUUGGCCUACAGAUUCCGGCCCAACCCACUGAACAACCCUCGCCGUCCUUAUUAUUGAUGCAGCCUGUGUGUUUUCUUCUCACCUCCCACCCACUCCCUGUUCCUCCAGUGACGGAUUGUUUACUGUGAUAAGUUUAUUUAAAAAAAAAAAAGCCCCUGUCUUUCGUUUAGAAGGACUCUGUUUCAGCUUUAGCCUCCCAUCUGUUUACCCACUCGCAGAUGUUGGACGUUUUUCAGUGUGGUUGCAGAGCUCACCCCCUCUUUUAUUAUGGGUUUUUUUAAAAAUGUGAUCCCAUUAAAGAAAAUGAAGAAGCAAGUCAGAACUGAGAUGGUCAGCAAAUGCUCCCAAGUCAUACAUAGCCCAACCAUUUGUGAGAAGGGGAAAAUUGGCGUAAAAAUGUUCGUUAAAUGGUGCGUAAUCUUCAUUUUAUUGAGUUUCGUGAGGGGUUGUUUUUUUUUUAAGCCCUCUCUCCGUGAACAUAGAAAGUCUGGAUUGCUGUUCCCUGUUGAUGGUGGGGCUUGCAGGGGAGGGUAACAGGAUGGGAUAUAGCAGGUGAGCAGAAGCAUAGGCAGAAAUAAGGAAGGUAGAGCUCCCCAAACAUAGUGUGGGGGGAGGGAUCCCAGCUGCAGUUCAAAAGAGCAAGAUUUGAAUUACAGCAACGUAGAAAAGGGGGGACAGAUGGGGGGGGACAAACCACCCCAGAAUACUGGGUCUCCUUGAGGGCAUCACUUUUAUCCCAGUUCUGAGAGAAUCUUGUGAAAACGUGCAUAGCCAGCGUGUACCGGCCAACCUUCGGUUUUAAAGGACAAUCAGCUCUCCUUUUUUCUCACUCUUUAGUUACUUCAAAGAACGUGGAAGUUUGAGUUGCUUCUUAGACCAGGUCAGAGGCCAAAACCAAAACAUAUCUUUAGCGGGGUUUUCAUUAGUCGAUUCUAAUAAUCUUUCAGGUUUGUCCCAGAGGAGAAAGGUUAAGAGAAGGGGAAAACCCAAAAUCUUUUUUUCUCGACACAAAUACAUGCCUUGUCCACCAAGGCAACCCUCCCUCUCUCUUCCACGACCUUCCAACAUCAGAACGACGGUGGUUCCUUCAGAUAGGCUCUGAAACCAUGCUUAUUUUCGUUUUCGUUCAAUCUUAAUGAUGUAGAGUUGAUACGUUGGGCUUUUGCCAAACAUGUUAAUAAAGCUAGAGAAAUGUGAAGAA